AUGCGCCGGGCUCUGCCGCCGCUCCGCGCUCUGCUCGGGGCCGGCUCCGCGGGGCGCCCGCCCCGGCUGCCUGCGCUCAGCGGCUUCUGCUCCGCCACGGCGGCCGAGGGCAGCGCCGGCAGCACGCUCAGCAUAAGACCAUCCUUUGGUUUUCUCUUUGACAUUGAUGGGGUGCUGGUACGAGGCAAGACUCCAAUUCCUGCUGCAAAAACAGCCUUUCAAAAGCUGGUGAAUUCUCAGGGACAGUUCUUGGUGCCUGUGGUGUUUGUCACCAAUGCAGGGAACUGCCUUCGCCAGAAAAAAGCUGAUCAGUUGUCUCAUCUACUGGGAGUCCCUAUUUCACAAGAUCAGGUGAUGAUGUCGCACAGCCCUCUGCGGAUGUUCAAACGUUACCAUGAGAAAUGUGUUCUUGUGUCUGGCCAAGGACCACUUCUGGAUAUUGCUCAAGACCUUGGUUUCUGUCAACCUAUUACCAUUGAAACACUGCGAGAGAAACACCCUCUGCUAGAUGUAGUUGACCAUGACAGAAGACCUAAUGUUCUGUACCCCUCUGCUGUGGAGAUUCCCAAGAUCGAGGCUGUUGUUUUGUUUGGGGAGCCAGUCAGAUGGGAAACCAACCUCCAGUUGAUAAUAGAUGUUUUGCUGACAAGUGGCUAUCCUGGAAAUCCCUAUCAGCAUGAAAAUUACCCUCACAUUCCUGUACUGGCUUGUAACAUGGAUCUGAUGUGGGUUGCUGAGGCUCAGUCUCCCAGGUUUGGGCAUGGUACUUUCAUGGUUUGUUUGGAAAACAUUUACAAGAAGAUCACUGGCAAGGAGUUGAAAUAUGAAGCCUUAAUGGGCAAGCCCAGUAAGCUGACCUACCAGUAUGCAGAGUACCUGAUCCGGGCCCAGGCUGCAGAGAGGCAGUGGCAGCAGCCCAUUCAAACUCUCUAUGCUGUCGGAGAUAACCUCAUGACCGAUGUCUACGGUGCUAACCUUUACAAUCGCUACCUUCAGGAGAGCUCCAGGAAAGGCUCCAAAUCACGGCUGCAGGCCCAAGCCACUGGUGGCAGAGGAUCUACCACACUCUCUCUGGAUGAUGAAACAGGCAGCAGUUGGGAGAAUGAAUUAGCCUCUGCAGCAGCUGCCCGCUGUAGGUCUGUUCUGGUUUGUACUGGGGUGUACAACCCUCACAGCGAGGUGCCCUCGGACACCCAGGAGAGCAUCACUGAAACGGUGUUCCACGGCCACAGGGAUUUCAGAUUUGACCCUGGCUUGGUAGAACCAGAUCAUAUUGUACCAGAUGUCGAUGCUGCUGUAGACCUGGUCUUCCAGCUGGAGAACUUUGCACCUCCAACUGUGCCAGGGGAAGUUUAG